AGUCCAAGCCUCGAUGCCCGAAUGCGAAGCACGCCAGACAAGGUACGAAUUCUCAUCCGCCGAGAUUUCAUCGACACUUUGCUUCUGUGAAGUGAUUCCGAAGCUCGUAACGUGAAUCUCUUGCCGGGGCAGAUCGCUCGCACAGGAUCGGCCUCCCAGAUGCGGCAGAGUAUCAUCCGAGUCUCUGUGGCUCAUAUAUGUUGGGAGGUCGAUGGAUGCAGCCAAGUAGCGUGAUCGUGAUCGAGCGGGUGCUUACUUCUCGAGAGUUUCGUGUUCGGAUCGCAGAGUCGGUGAUGCAUCUGUAGCUCGAUCGGAGGAGGGUUUUCGAGGCUCGGAGGUGCGUCGCGGAUCGAGGAAGCACGAGGCGCAAGGAUGUGGAGGGCGAAGCAGCCGCAUUUCGUGACGGGGGACUUCAAGAAACAGAGCGUGUUCUUGGAGGAUGGGGAGUACGGGCGGGCGCUGGAUUGUCUGGUCAAGACGUGCACGGACCUGCUGAUCUGCGACUCGGACGGGGCGGAUUGUAAGGUCUUGCUGGGCAAGCGCAUCGUGGAGCCGCAGCCGGAUUGGUGGUUCAUGGGGGGCCGCAUGAAGACGGGCGAGACGCCCGAGGAGUCCAUGGCGCGCCUGGUGAAGCGCGAGCAGCAGCUCGUCGUGGAGCCCUCGCGAUUCCGCGUGCUCGGGUACCACUCGUACCACUGGGCUCGUCGCCAGCAGCCGCCCGUCGAAAAUGGCACCUGCGACCUCUCCAUCGUCUUCACGCUCACGCUGCAGCCCGGCGAGGCCGAGCGCAUCCACAUGGACGACAAGGAGUACUCGGAUUUCCGAUGGUUCACGGUCGAUGAAAUUCUGGCCGACGAGGCCGAUUUCCACCCGGCCUUGAAGCAGUCGGCCAGGGAUAUCCACUCUCGGAAUGCUUGGCAUCAGCUGAAGUCCUCCGUCGACUCCGGAGCUGGUCCCGACGAUAUUUGUGAAGCAGCCAUUAGACUGGUGAAGAGUUGCAGCUGAUUCUUAAGGAUUGCACAUGAUUCUUUUAGGAUUGCGGUCGUUCGUCCUCGCCAUUGUGAGUACUCUUGACCUUAGUACCCCAGCAGUCCUCCUACCUGCCAUAAACCUCCGUGAAUGUAAAGUAUUCAUCGAGAGGCAUUCUUUCGCAGACCGAAUCGCUUCAGACCGGCUGACCUUUGUAACCGAGAAGUUGAUGGUAAUUUCAAAUAUGAGCGUAGUUCUCAACUCGGAAUUUAC